CGAUCACAUGUGUGCCGGUCACGUGAGGCCGGCUGCGAUGGCGGAGGAGGAGCGGGCGCUGCUGGGUUCCGUCGGCGCUGAUGAUGGCGGCGGUUCUGCGGAGCCCGUCCGUUCCCUGUCCUCUGCCUGCGACCCCCGGCGCCUGCCGCACCGGCUCAUUGUCCUCGCACUCAUGUGCUUCCUGGGCUUCGGCAGCUACUUCUGCUACGACAAUCCGGCGGCUCUCCAAACGCAGGUUCAGCGGGAUAUGAAGGUGAACACAGCUCAGUUCAUGGCACUCUAUGCCUGGUAUUCCUGGCCUAAUGUGGUUCUCUGCUUCUUUGGAGGUUUUCUGAUAGACAGAGUUUUUGGAAUACGGUUGGGCACUAUAAUAUUUAGUAUCUUUGUUUGUGUGGGGCAGGUAGUUUUUGCUUUGGGAGCACUCCUUAAUACUUUCUGGCUGAUGGAUGCAGGCAGAUUCAUUUUUGGAAUAGGUGGAGAGUCCUUAGCAGUGGCACAAAACACAUAUGCAGUCAGCUGGUUUAAAGGCAAGGAGUUAAAUCUUGUGUUUGGAUUACAGCUAAGCAUGGCCAGAAUUGGAAGCACAGUGAACAUGAAUAUCAUGGGAUGGAUAUACUCUAGAGUUCAAGAUCUUCUGGGGUAUACUGGUCCCAGUACUCUUGGGUUAACUCUCAUGAUAGGUGGUGUAACAUGUCUCUUUUCACUGAUGUGUGCAUUAAUCCUUGCUUAUCUGGACAAGAGAGCAGAGAAGCUCCUUUCCAAAGAGCAAGGGAAAACAGGUGAAGCGAUUAAACUAACUGAUGUGAAGGACUUCUCUUUGUCCUUGUGGCUUAUAUUUGUGAUCUGUGUCUGUUACUAUGCAGCAGUUUUUCCUUUCAUUGGACUUGGAAAGGUUUUCUUUAUUGAGAAAUUCAAAUUCUCACCUCAAGAAGCAGGUGCAAUUAACAGUAUUGUGUAUAUUAUAUCGGCACCCAUGUCGCCAGUCUUUGGACUCCUGGUGGAUAAACUUGGAAAGAAUAUCAUCUGGGUUUUAUGUGCUGUAAUAACUACUCUUGCUUCUCAUAUUAUGUUGGCUUUUACCUUCUGGAACCCCUGGAUAGCAAUGUGUUUGCUAGGAGUGGCGUACUCAUUGCUUGCCUGUGCCCUGUGGCCCAUGGUGGCCUUUGUUGUUCCAGAACACCAGUUGGGAACUGCUUAUGGCUUCAUGCAGUCCAUCCAGAAUCUCGGUCUGGCAAUUAUUGCUAUAGCAGCAGGGAUGAUUCUGGACACAAGAGGAUACUUGUUUCUUGAAGUCUUCUUCAGUGCUUGUGUUUGCUUGUCACUAAUAGCUGUAGUUAUGCUGUAUUUUGUGAACCACCUUACAGGUGGUGAUCUCAACUGGUCUGCAAAGAAAAGGGAAAAACUGCAAAAAGCAGCUGCAACUGAAAAAGAAAUUUGAAUAGCAAAUAUCAUCCAGAAGUGGGGAGCAUUUGAUCAGCAUCAUGACAACUUGAAGAAUUAGUGUUGUGUAGUUUGGUCACUGCACACUAGCUCUUUGGAAAAACCACUAACAUACAGGAGGGUUUUACAGUAAAUGGCUGAAUUUUAUGCUUUGUAACCAGUUUUAACCGAUACCAAGUUAUCUUUUAGUUUGAACAAAGUGGGUUUAUAGCAUUUUGCACAGUUUAAGCUCUGUCAUUGGAGAGGGUAGUCUGCAACCCAAGACAAACAUGUUCAUUUUAAGGCUAGCCUGAAGUGUCUUUGAUGCACAGCAUUAUCAUCUUGAGGGUUGAGAUUUCUAAACGUAAUGGCAUUUAAUGUUCUGUAGUAAGGCUCAUUGCCUUACAGAGCUUAAAAACGGGUCACUUAUUGCCUUUAUCACUGUCUUAACACAAACCAUUGUCUUAAGCAAAGUGUAUUUAGAGCUUCAUUUGGUUCUGUUUCUCCUUAAGACUUGUAUGGGAAAAGAGCUAUUAUGCUCUGGUCAAAUACUUUUGUAGGAGACUGCUGUUAAUUCUGAAGACUGCUGAGCAGUCUUCUAUUUGCAUUUUUUGACAGUUGAUUCCUUUUGUAUUGUAAUCUUUAUUUUAAGGAGUGAAAGCUUGUUUAAUAAAGAAAUAGUGAAAAUUGUUAGAAAAGCUCACUGGGCACAUUGUAAUCUGUGAAAACCAAAAAGUUUACCUUUCUACCAAAGUCUUGUGAUCUAAAUAAAAGGAAACUGCAGAAAA